AUGAACUGGGGCGCGUUGGAGUCCCUGCUCACCGGGGUGAAUAAAUACUCCACGGUGUUCGGCCGCAUCUGGCUCUCCAUGGUCUUCGUCUUCCGGGUCCUGGUGUUCGUAGUGGCGGCUCAGCGUGUCUGGGGUGACGAGAACAAGGACUUUGUGUGCAACACCCUACAGCCGGGCUGCGCCAACGUCUGCUACGACCACUACUUCCCCAUCUCCCACAUCCGCCUGUGGGCGCUGCAGCUCAUCUUCGUCACCUGCCCGUCCCUGUUGGUGGUGGGCCACGUCAAGUGGCGCGAGCAGAAGGACCUGAGGUACACCACCUGCCACAAGGGGGCGCACCUGUACGCCAACCCGGGGAAGAAGCGUGGCGGCCUGUGGUGGACCUACCUGCUCAGCCUGAUCCUGAAGGUCAGCUUCGACAUAGGCUUCCUCUACAUCCUCUACCACAUCUAUGACGGAUACGAUAUGCCCAAGCUCUCCAAGUGUGAGCUGGAUCCAUGUCCGAACGUAGUGGACUGCUACAUCUCACGUCCCACUGAGAAAAAGAUCUUCACCAUCUUCAUGGUGGUGUCUGCCUGUGUCUGCGUCGUCAUGUGCUUCUGCGAAAUGGGCUACCUGAUCUGCAAGAAGAUCCACAAAAAGCUCAACUUGCACAAGAAGAACCGUCAGCAGAUGUUUGCUGAGAGCCACGAGUUGGGUGAGCUCGUUCCGCCCAGAAGCUUGCGGUACAAUCGGAUCGACCCAACUGCCUCCAGGCCCGCUUCGAGAGCCCCGUCCAGAGCCCCGUCCAGAACCUCAAUCCACAAUCUCCACAACAGCAAGAAGGAAGAGGCUGCCGCGGCAGAGAGAGGGAAAAGCUAAGCCACGUGGCAGCUGGCACCAGUGGUUCUGGCCUUGAACCCGGCCCCCGAUUUUUUUCCCAAGAUCUGGUCUGGUUCUGGGCCUGUUCAGAUCCGUCCCAGAGACAGCUGCUUUUUCAUGCGGGAGCUCCUUGUAGAGUUGCAGUGGGUUUGGGGCGGUUUUGGGCGAUUCUGCACUUUAAUUGGCUAAUGAAAGGACUUUUUAUUGACUGGAUAUAUUCAUCACCUCCACUGAAGGGACAAUGAAACAGGUGCUGAUUAGAGGUCCCCAGUCUAGCCAAAUGUUCUCCUAACUCUCCAGCAUAAUCUACAACACACAAGCAUGCACACACACACACACACAAAAACACAUGCACAUACAUAGGCCAUACAC